GUGUUUAAGCAUGGCAGAAGGGGACACCUUGGUCUCAGUGGAUUACGAAAUUUUUGGGAAGGUUCAAGGAGUGUUUUUCUGCAAGUACACUCAGGCUGAAGGUAAAAGGCUAGGUUUGGUAGGCUGGGUCCGGAAUACAGAUCGGGGCACAGUGCAAGGACAACUGCAAGGUCCCAUCUCCAAGGUGGGUCACAUGCAAGAAUGGCUGCCGAGAAGAGGCAGUCCUAAGUCACACAUCAACAGAGCAAACUUCAACAAUGAGAAAGUCAUCUUAAACUUGGAUUAUUCAGACUUCCAAAUUGUAAAGUAAUGGCCUGGAUUAAUUAUUUUCAAAAUAAUCUCACUCCUUUUUUUUU